CGUCAUUCUCUCAUUUCUCUGGGCGCUCUGUGGUGGAAGCACAGAGGCAGGAGGAGCCGCUCUGGCUGAACGUAUCUGAACACAGCGGCGGGGUUUGGCUCCGUUUAGCUGACUAUGAGCUUCACAGUCUGCUAGGAGUGGGACACCGGACAGUUUUCCUCUGUAGUUUUAGCAUUUUUUGUUCUGAGAAUGAAGAAGUGACCUUCAGGUGAACACAACCAUGGCUGUCCAGACUGGCAUCCAGGCUUGGUUCAGCGAGACCUUCGACGCUCCCCUGCUGAGUCCCAGGAGCCCUCGCUCCCAGCUGGUGCAGCGGCACGGCCCCGGCCUCACAAACGUCUUCCAGUAUGACCAGUGGCUGGCGGUCCGCCACGAGGCCACCCUGGUCCCCAUGCAGGAGGACCUGGCCAUCUGGCUCACCGGCAUGUUGGGAGAGGAAGUGAGAUCUGACUUGUUGAUGGAGGAGCUGAAUAACGGUGUGAAACUCUGCCAGCUUAUCGACGUGCUGCAGGCAAAGGUGGCCCAGAGCUGCCCCACAGCGCUCAGCAAGGUGGGGCAGACAGCACACCUGGAAACGCUCCAUAGAGCCUCUACACUCUUUGCCACCAGAAGGGUCGCUUGCAAGCGUGAUGCCUCCCCAGGCUCCUUCUUCGCCCGGGACAACACGGCCAACUUCCUGGCCUGGUGUCGACACAUCGGUGUGGACGAGACCUAUCUGUUCGAGUCAGAGGGCCUCGUGCUGCACAAGGAGCCUCGGCAGGUUUGCCUGUGUCUGCUGGAGAUCGGCCGCAUCGUGUCAAAAUACGGAGUGGAGCCUCCUGUGUUGGUGAAGCUGGAGAAGGAGAUCGAGCUGGAGGAAACCCUGCUGAUGACAGAAGAACCUCGUCCUGCUGUGAAAACCUUCAGCGUGUGCUGCCAGCAUGGGGCCCUCUACCAGGCGGAGGAGCACAGCAUGGACGACCCGCCAUGUGACUGCUCCAACAGGGUCUCUAUAGAGUACCUGUCUGAAGGACGCUACAGACUCGGAGAUAAGACCAUCUUCAUUCGAAUGCUGCAUGGUAAACAUGUGAUGGUGCGUGUUGGCGGGGGCUGGGACACCUUGCGUGGCUUCCUGACGAAGUACGACCCUCUAAGGGUGCUGCAGUUCACCACACUGGAGCAGAAGAUCCUUGCCUUUCAGAAGGGCCCACCUGGUUUGGGUGGUCACCGUGCCAACACAGCUCCACACCCUCCUCCUGACAUGGACCCUCUUGCUGCGGUUAGUGACCUCGCCUCCUCCUCCUCCUGCUCUUCAUCAGGGUCGGUCUGUAAGCCGACCUCUGUGACCCAAGCAGGACAGAUGUGUCGCUCAUGCACCCCCUCCCCGGCCUGCACCCCCACCCUGCAGAGGAAAGGUUCCGUUGCAGUACCAAGGAAGACCCCUCAGACAGCACCCUCUUCCCCCAGGAAGCCCACCCAGCUCCCGCUGCCCAUCGCCACCAAAGGCUCCUCAUCUCUGCCCUCCACACCUGUGAGCAGCUCCUGCAAACAGCCCCUCAGCCCAGGUGGGCAGGGCCAACUUAGAGCCCUGACUCCAACCGCCACACCUGUGGGUCCUGGCUCUUCCUCCAAGAUAAAGCCCCGCCCACAUGGUCCCGCCUCCCAUCCAAGGAGCCCAGUCUGUCCUGAGCCAUCCUCCAAAUGCCCAAAACCCUCCAGCCCCUGUACCUCCCCCACUGCUUCCCACAUACCCCGCCCCAACACCGUAUCUGCCCCCAAAGACGUUCGGCCACCCUCGGGCGCCAGCCAGCGCUCCCGCCUCGCACAGAGGCGCCCUGGAUCUCCUGCGUCACGCCUCCGACUUGAGACGGUCAGGAGGACAAGGAUGGCAGCAAGGACUGUGCCGGCGCCGUCGUCCCGUGCUCCCACUCCCUGCUCCCAGGCGGGGUCGUCCCGCGCCCCCACCCCCUGCUCCCAGACGGGGUCUUCCCGCGCCCCCACCCCCUGCUCCCAGACGGGGUCUUCCCGUGCUCCCACCCCCUGCUCCCAGGCGCAAUCGUCCCGCGCCCCCACCCCCUGCUCCCAGGCGGGGUCUUCCCGCGCCCCCACCCCCUGCUCUCAGGUGCCGUCCAGGACCCUCACUCCUAGCUCACGGAUCGCAUCGCCAGCACCAGUGACACCCACUGGCUCAAUGUCAAAGGUUAAAGACAUAAAAAACAAGGUGGUGGUACCAAACACAGCUGCCUCUGCCAUUUCUGGGCCAGUCCCAGUGGGCAGUGCAGGCUUCUCUUCCUCUAAAGGCAAUCAGAAAACUCUUCCCACAGCCCAGCACAGGACGGGGAGAAAACCAGCAGCCUUGGUAAACUCCAGCUCAAAGGUGACACUGCCAUCUGAACCCAGAACAACCUCACAGAUGAACCCUGUCAAAGCUGCGGAGGUAAAGUCCAGUUCAACAAAGAAGAAGCCACAAAGUGGGGUCCGGGGUGAGGAGCCUUAUUUUGAAAUGAGCAGUAAGAGGAAGCAGAAGGCUUAACGGACCGGUUCGCCUCUGAUGACUUCACUAAACCAGCGGCACUUGUUGCUCAGACUUGACAUAUAGAUCAUCUCUUUUGCUUAUCAUCUGUUUUAUUUUCAUGUUUUUAAUGUUAUUUAAUAGUCUUUAUUUUUUUAUUCAAAUGGGUCAAAGUUUAUUUAGAUGAAUAAAACUCUAACUUGCACAAUGUUUACGUUUUAAUCUCUAACAGGGCAAAGUAAAGCUUUCUGGAGAAAUGAUAAAGUACUAAAUAUAGCUUUUUAGUCCUAACUCAUGCGUCUAGUUGGUUUAAAACGAGUUUCAAGUCAACUUCUUCAACAGGUUACCAAAGUAUGAAAAAUAACCAGAAAUCAUGCUUGAAUUUUAUUUAUUUUAGUUUUUCUGAGAUUCCAGUUAUCGCUGGUGAAAAUGAUUGGAUUUACAGUCCACUCUAAAAGUAAAUAUUAAUUUUUUCCCACAACCUUGUUGCAAAAUGGAUCAUGUUCCUUUUCCUCCCAUAAUUCUACACACAAUGUCCCACAGUGACUGUGGAAGUAUCACAAAUUGCCCCCCCCCCCCUCUCUCUCUCUCUCUCUUGGGCCAAAACGUUCUGCUUUGGUUUCAUAAGACCAGAGAACUUUGCUUAUCCUGCUUUGACUAUAUCGAAGGUGCAUUUAUGCAAAAAUCCAUCAGGCUGUCAUCAGGCUGCCAUGACCAUCUAAAGGCCUGAGUGGUGAAGUGUUUUUGCAAUGUUUGUCCUUCUAGAUGGUUCUGUCUCCCCAAGGGUGACCCUGUUCAAUCAACUGUCCUCAUCAUGAUCCCUUUUAGCUCAAGGCUGUCAGAUAAAAUGUGUGGAAAGGUGAGGUGUAGUAAACACUUUCUGGAUGCUCUGUACAAAGUUAUCUCGCUGCUGGAGGCUGCAGACUCCUUCCUGUCAUGUGCCUUCAUCAGAAAUGCCCCGUUAGGGUCCGGCUGCAGAAUGACAGGCUGUGGCGGAUCCAACGGUUUACUGUAGGAAAGUAGCACACUGUACAAACUGAGCUGAUGCCUUUUUGUUUUUCACUGAGCAGAAUCUACUUCAUAUAAACGUUUUCUCAGUUUUUGUGGUCUAAAAACCUAGUUUUGUAUGUGGUGAUGUUUGUGUAGGUGUUUAUAUAAAUCUUUUUUUUUCUUUCUUGGCACUUUAUAGAGAACGUAUGUUUUGAAUGUUGUCUCUGCUGAAUAAACGGACAGUGGUUUUAAGAUCA